CACUUAGCCCUCCAAACAUUUAGUUAAUUUCUCGACACGAACACGAUCAGAAGUAUGAAAAUACGUGGUAAUCCUCUACCAAGACGUCUCAUUGAUGUUUUGUGUUUUCUUUUAAUUGGAAUAUUUCUGCCAAUUGUAUUUGUCUUUGAGAUAUGUGUGGUUUUGCCGGCAUUCCAUGAGGCCGGAGGCUUUUGGCAUACAUUCACAUUUCUGAUGGCCAUGUUUUUGGUAUUCAAUAUUAAAGGCAACAUGAUUGCCUGUAUGAUGAUUGACACCAGUGUCGAUGUCAAGCAACCGGUUGAUCCAAAGUGGCAACGUUAUUGCUCCAUAUGUGAACGUUUGGCUCCGCCUAGAUCUUGGCAUUGCAAAAUCUGCAAAUGUUGCAUACUGAAACGUGAUCAUCAUUGUCUUUAUACUGGCUGUUGCAUCGGUUAUCUGAAUCAUCGUUACUUUAUGUGUUUUAUCUUCUAUUUGUUUGUGGGUGCAACAUAUGCCUUGGUCUAUAAUUCCAUUUACAUGUGGAUUCUACAAUAUCAUGUCUAUGGCACUUGGUUGACCCUGUUGAAACUAAUUUGCCCCAUGUUGAUGUUUGUCACGGGUAACCUCUGGACAAAUAUGUUCCUACUAUUUUAUAGUCUCAAUAUAUUGGCCUUACUUUAUGGUAUACUCCUUCUAGGCUAUCAUGUGCCCAUUGUCCUUAGUGGCCAAGUUUCAGCUCAUCGAAAAUCAAGAGAAUAUGACAAUGGUUGGCUUAUGAAUUUGAAAACAGUUUUUGGCGAACGUUGGCGUUUGGCUUGGCUAUCGCCUUUGAUUCGUAGUGAUUUACCCGACAAUGGCUACAAUUGGAUGACUAAGUCUGAAUAGAAUGCACUGUAUAAGACUGACUCACUUAAAUUAAGUUAUAUUCUAGACCGCCAUAGAUCAGAAUGGUUAAUUUAAUUGGCUGCCAGUCCAAAUACAAAUUAUAUUGUAAGCGUAUGGUGGUAAAAUUAUAACCAAUUCCUCCUUGAUAUAUGGAGAUAAACAUCUUCUCACAAUCCAAUUCCACUUGACUCUCAUCAAAGACCAAAAUCAAUGUUAUUUUAAAGUUUAAUCUAUCCUGUAGGGUGAAAACAAAAAGUUCAAAAUCAAUUUUAGAUUAAGUAACUUUAAUGUAAAUAAAGAAGAAAAACAUACCUCCUGUAUGUAGACAAUAUCGUAAAUAUGUUGCGAAUUACUUGUAA